UUUCCGGCCUACACUGGGCAGAUUUUAAAGGUUUCAAGUGUGCACUGGUUAGAGUUGUCACCAACAGGUGCUUCUGGGGCUCUGCGGGUGCCAACCAGGUGCCGCGCUUUGCUUCUAUUUCCUGUCUCCCUGGUUGGACUCAGGGAGGGAGGGGAUAUGCUGCGGAUUGCAUUCCUGCGUCUCUGUCACACAGCUGCUGCUGGCACCAUGACUGGAGUGCCUACGGUCUCAUUAUCUGAACUACGGUCACUCCUAGCCUCAGGCAGGGCCCGGCUCUUCGAUGUUCGAUCUCGGGAGGAGGCAGAAGCUGGUACCAUCCCCGGGGCACUCAACAUCCCUGUGUCUGAGUUGGAAAGCGCCUUGACCAUGGACCCAGCUGCUUUCCGAGCUUUGUACAGUGCUGAGAAGCCAAAGCUUGAAGACAAGAAUCUCGUUUUCUUCUGUCAGCUGGGCAAGCGAGGCUCCCAGGCCACACAGCUGGCACAAGGUCUUGGAUACACAGGGGCUCGACACUAUGCUGGGGCCUAUAAGGAAUGGCUGGAGAAAGAGGGCUAGGUAGAAGGCUUAGGGGUUGUGACCCUUCGCAUGA